AUGGACAGCGCUUUUGACAACCUGGAUGCUGCAGGCUUCCUACACAUAUGGCAACAUUUCGAUGUUGACAAUAAUGGUUAUAUUGAAGGAAAGGAGUUGGAUGACUCUUUCAGACACAUGAUGAAAAAACUUGGGAUGAGUGAUGAAAUAACGGAUGACAAAGUUAGAAGAAUGAAAGAAAGGUUCAUGUCAGCUUAUGACACCACAGCUGAUGGUCGCCUGCAAAUCCAAGAGUUGGCCACCAUGAUGCUACCGGAGGAGGAGAACUUCCUACUACUGUUCCACAGAGAGACGCCAUUGGACAACAGUGUGGAGUUCAUGAGGAUCUGGAGAAACUAUGACACUGACAGCAGUGGAUACAUAUCAGCUAUAGAACUCAAGGGUUUCCUGCAGGACCUGUUCCUCCAGCACAAAAAGACCAUCUCCCCCAACAAACUGGAGGAGUACACCAACACCAUGAUGGAGAUGUUUGACAAAAACAACGAUGGCAGGCUGGAUUUGAAUGACCUAGCCAGAAUCCUGGCUCUAAAAGAGAACUUCUUGCUGAAGUUUGACAUGAAUGCUUGCAGUCAAGAGGACCGGAAGAGGGACUUUGAGAAGAUAUUUGCUCACUAUGAUAUGAGUAAGACGGGUGCUUUGGAGGGUCCGGAGGUGGACGGCUUUGUCAAAGACAUGAUGGAACUGGUCAAACCUACCAUUAGUGGAACGGACCUGGACAAGUUCCGCAAGCUGCUCCUGGGUCACUGUGAUAUGAACGGUGAUGGAAAGAUCCAGAAGAAUGAACUGGCCCUGUGCCUCGGCCUGAAAUACUCCAGUUAA